AUGUCCUGUUCCUGCGGCGCAGAGACUGGAGCGCGCGGCUACACGGGCGCCUGGCUGGUGCAGCGCCUGCGGCGUUUGGGGAGAAGCGCCUCCGGCGCGAGGCUCACGUGCCGCGCGUGUGCGGAGCGCAGGAGCGAGGCCGCCUCGCUGCCGGCGCCGCUGGCUCUGAAGCGGGCGUGCCGCUUCGGCUCCAAAUGCUACCAGGCGGGCAGCCAGCACCGCGCCCGCUACGCGCACCCGGGGGACUGGUGCUACCGCCAGGGCCGGGUGGCCUUUGAGGGCCCGGGCCCAGAGAUGGAGACCCUGUGGGACAUUUUCUCUUACUUUGACUCGCGCGGCUCAGGCUACCUCCGCCUGGAGGAUUUCUCCAAUGCCGCCUGCGAGCUUUGCCGGAGGGGCAUGCUCGUCAGCGAGGGCAGCUGGGCGGAGGCCGGGGGGCUGCAGCGGGGCCACGUGAGCUUCGCCAAGUUCUGCACCUGGGCGGCGCGGCAGGGGCUGAAGCUGCCCGUGGGCCUGGAGGUGACGCCUUCCGGGCGCAGAAUCUGCCGAGCCCCCGGCUGCGCCUGCGGCGAGCUCCGGGGCGACGGGGAGGCCUGCGAGGCCUGCGGCCACGCGGCGCGCGUGCACACCUCGGAGGCAACGAGGCAGGGACUGGCACAGCUGCUGCUCUCCUGUCGCCCCAGCCACUGGCUUUCCGCGCAGAGCGGUCUGGUGCGGGUCAGCAGCGACGCGGUGUGCGAGCAGCUCCGGCUGCUGCUACGCUGGACUCACAAAGCCAGUGACAACUGGACCCGUGACCGGGGCUGCGCGCUGCACGGGGUGAACGCUUGUAGUGCAACAUGUCUUUUCCAGCACCAGGCGCCCGUGCCGCGAGCCUACCGCCUCACUGGGGCGCUGCGGAACCAGUCGCCGCUGCUCUGGGCCAGGUACUGCCUGCGGCGUGCUGCCAUUCACAAGGAGUGCACUGCUCGGGGCGGCUGCAAGCCGCACCUGGUGGAGAGCAGCAAGGAGCCGUUUGGUUCGUUGGAUGACGCCCCUUUGGGGGGCGCCAACGAGUGGCGGCUCUUCCAUGGCAGCUCGGAGGCUGCCUGCCUCAGCAUUUGCGAGCGGAAUUUCAGCCUGGAGCAUUGCGGCACAGGUGCAACCUGGCGACCGAGCGCCUCCGGAGCAGGUGUGUCGCUCUACGGUCCUGGGGUAUACUUUGCUGAGCGCAUUACGAAAGCGGACGAGUACUCGCGGCCGAGCGGCGCUGAUGGCAGCGUCUUCACGGUGCUGGUGUGCCGCGUGGUCGCUGGCUGCCCGAAAUUCUGCACCAAAAACGAGGUGGACCCCGAGGCGCUGCGUGGGGAGAUCUUGGGGGGGGUCUUCCACUCGGUGAUGGGGGACCGGGUCUCCGAGCUGAAAAAGCCCUUCCGGGAGGUGGUGGUCUAUGACCCAGACCAGAUCUAUCCAGAGUUCCUGCUGACCUACACCCGCGAACUGCCCUGA